AUGGCCAAGACAAAACCAGGCAACAAGAAGUCCAAGAAAGAGAAGAAGUCAACCAAUCCCUCAAAGACCACAAUGUCUUCUCCCGCCGACCUUUUGGCGGACGCCGCGUUCGAGUUACAGAAAGGCAAUAUUGAGGGGUCAGUCAAGCCAGCAUUGAAGGCACUGCGGCUACUCGAUGAAGAGUCUCAAGAGGCACUUCUUGCACUCAACCUUUUGGGCGAGAUACACGUUGAAUUGGGCGAUAUUGAUUCCGCGCGACAAUACUUUCUCCAAGCUGCUACAAUUGACGAUGAUGGUUCUGUUCCUGAAGAGCUCGGCGGCGGCGCAGAGAAGUUCCUCUGGCUGGCGCAAUUGAGCGAGGAAGGUGGUCAAGAUAGUGUCGAUUGGUUUGAGAAAGGGGCCAUGAGUCUGCGGUUACAGAUCCAAGCUCUACUCGACAGUGGGAAGUUGAAUGAGGAAGGGGAGGCAGCAAAGGCGGAGAAGACAAGGAAAUUGGCUGUGGCGCUGUGUGGUGUCGUGGAAGUGUACAUGACGGAUCUGAGUUGGGAGGAUGAUGCAGAGCAAAAGUGUGAAGCGCUGGUUACGGAGGCUACCAUGGUUGCGCCGCAAUUUGCGGAGCCAUGGCAGACGCUUGCCAAUGUGAGAAUUUCUCAGCAGAGGAUGGAUGAUGCGAGGGCGGCGCUAAAAAGGAGUCUGGAUCUGUGGAAAGAUUUACCUCCUGAGAAUACGAUUGUCCCGGAUUUCCCGACUCGAGUCAGUCUAGCUAGGCUGCUCAUGGAAGCGGACAUGGACGUUGAGGCUAUUGAAGUGCUGGAACGUUUAGUCAGUGAGGACGACAGCAGUGUAGAAGUUUGGUAUCUAGGCGGAUGGGGACUGCACAUCUUGGGAGAAAAGCAGAAAAAUGGAGAGGUCAAGGUACAGGAUGGUGACGGUGAUAGCUGGAGAGUUUCGUGGAUUUCAAGUCGGCAAUGGCUUGAUCAGAGUCUUCGGCUAUUCAAGCAGCAAGACUACGAAGACGAGAGACUGGGAGAACAUGCUAAAGAGUUACUUGCAAAGAUCAAUGCCGAACUUGGUGGAGUAGCUCCAGCAGAAGAGGAAGACGGGGAUGACUCGAGCGAUGGCAGCGAUGAGGAUGAAGAGAUGGUCGGGGCAUAA